AUGGCCGCCUUCGUGAGGGUUUCCGGUCCGCCCAACAGCAGCUUUCUGGUCGGCUACCCGGGCAUCUCUGCGACCCUACCCCGCAUCGAAGGCAAAGUCGAGAUCCGUCCAUCCCAGGGCUUUUCCAUGCCCGUCGCCGUAUCGCUCGUGCGCAUAUGUCUCCAGCGACGAGAAACCAUCCACCCUGCCGCCGAGAAUGUCGCGAAACGACACCUGGGUACUCCGAGGAGGGAGACCACCGACGUCGUCGGUAAGGAGCUGCUGCUGUUCCGGUGCCAGUCCGGGAAGGAGGCCGAGAGUGUCAUUGCAAUGGACCUACCGUUUGUCCUGUUCAUCCCCUUUGGGCGAGGCGGCGAAGAGACGAACCGACGAAUACCCCCCGCCUCGCUGCAACUCCCCAGCCGAACCGCCGAGACCUACUACGAGCUUGUUGUCACCGUGCAGCAAGGCCACACCCUACAGAACAAAUACUCCUUCCCCAUACCGCUGCAACGUUACGAUACCUUGUCGACGUUCGGCAUGUACAACAAACCCGAGUCGCGCCAAGUCAGCGACGCAAGUGUCGUCACCCUAGGCAUCUCGGUGCCAAAAUGGAGCUACGGCCCCCUCGACCCGAUAACUGUUUACAUCAAACUGGUGCCGAACCCCGACUGGAUGAAGAAAGCGCUGAAGGUUACGAUCCAGAAGAUCACCGUCACCAUCGAGGAGGAGAUCACGUACAACCCCGAAGGAGACGAGCCAACGAAAAAGGUCAACAAGGUCGCGAAAAACACGCAGCUCGUGAACACAAGGAUGCCCGAGGCGGGCUAUGCUACGAAUCUCGGCUUGGUGUUUCCCUCCAAGGACCUGCGCGAUCCGGACGGCAUCAUCCGGAGGGGGAAGCCCGCAUUUCCCCUAUACGAAGUUACUUCCUUCACCACGAGCUCAACAUUAUACAAGAUUGAGUUCUACCUGACCGUCAAGGCGCAACUCGGCUCCACGAAGGAUCUCACAGUUCGGCAGCCGCUGGUGAUCUGCCCGAUGGACCAGCAAGCGUGCAAGGAGGAGAUGGACGCCAUCGAACAAGCCGCCAAGGACGCCUCGCAUGUUGACCCGAACAACCCAAUGCUCCCGGCCCGGUCGAUCGUCUUGGUAAACGAUCGGGAAUCAAUGAAGACGUUGGGUUUGUGCUUGGUGGGAGGACAGAAAAAACCAUUGAUUGAGUGA